AUGGAUGAUGAGGCGCAACUGAAAUACGAACUUGCUGAGGUUGCAUUCGACAAGAGGCAGUUAUUGCUGGAGCGUCGGGAGCUUUCCAUCAAACGACGACUGGAACAGCUCAAACCCUCUGUCAACUUGACCCAGAAUACAGUCAACUCGAUCGAAGAUACUGCCGUGGUCAAAACUGAGGAUGUGCCUGACGCGACCGACAAGACUGGAGUGACGGCGCAAAAUCGGCCUUCUGCCGAGGUGCAGGCAGACUUGACAGCGGCCUCACUCAACAUGCAAAGUACUCCUGCUGUAAGCCCAGACCGCACUGUCGCCAUCAAGGAGCACCAAGAAAAGGUGGAUCCUGAAAAACAAGAGGCUGGAACAGGAGCGCAUCGUAUGCAGAAUGUAACGCACCCGCGGCGCCAGACUUCCAAGGCGGACGUUCUUGCAGGCACAGCAAUCGGUUCGAAUAAGGGUGAAGAAGCGAGCUCACACUAUCGGAUGAAGAGGCGCCGGUCUCUGUCCUCCCCACCAGAAAUGCAAGCAGCUGUUCCGGAGAAGUCUAGGGGAACGGCCGAAGAUUUGCUAGCAGAGUUCAGCGGUCGACCGCCUGCUCGUUCAACCAACGUACCGCUUCAACGAAAGCAAGCUGGGCAUUCCGAUCACCUAGCCGUGAGCUCAGAAUCUGGCACCGAUUCCGAAACAAGCGAUGCUGCUGGCCGACAAGGCAAUAGGUUCAAGCGAAGACGGACGUCCCAGGAAGACGAAAAGAAGCAUGUUGAAGUCUCUAGGCCCAUGACUGAGUCUCAGAAGUAUGAUAUCAUUGAACUUUACACCCACCUUCUCCUGAAGCAUAUGACGGCAGUCGAAUCUUCGGUUCCGUCACAGUGGUUGCAGAAACCGACAGUCGUGUCAAAGAUGCGAAGAACCACCAACGGAACGAUACAUCAUACACUCUCCCUUCUUCACCAAGAAUUUGAGAUGACUAUCCACGCACAUGCAAAAAGUAUCUAUCUUCGUCAGACUUUGGUGGGGAAGUUGAAUAAAUUUCAAGAUGCUCAACCUCAUUGGUGGCCAGAGUGUCAAGCGCUGAAUACCCAGCAAGAGAGGAUAUCUUUCGUUACCAAGGUUUUCCAAGCUAUUGCGGAUGAUAAGUUCAAGGAAUAG